AACCAGUAGUUGUUCGCUGGCUGUAGUCUGCCAUAUUGUCUGUGGUAUACAAGAUUGUUAAAUAAUUUACUUCAUUAUACAAACAAAACUGUUAUUUGUAGAUAUAGCAGAGAAAGUUUAGAUAUCAGAAAAAAAUCGAUCUGACAGCAGAGUCUUCUGCUGAUUAAUAGAUCCCCAAUCUUAACUAAUAGUUUAAGAAAUACGAAAACAAAGGCAUCAAGAUGUCGGCAGGACCGUAUAAUUAUUCCUAUAUAUUCAAGUAUAUUAUAAUAGGCGAUAUGGGAGUAGGAAAAUCUUGUCUGCUCCAUCAGUUUACUGAAAAAAAAUUUAUGGCAGACUGUCCGCACACCAUUGGUGUAGAAUUUGGUACAAGAAUUAUCGAGGUAGCUGGUCAGAAAAUAAAGUUACAGAUAUGGGACACCGCUGGACAAGAACGCUUUAGAGCUGUAACUAGGUCGUAUUAUCGAGGUGCUGCUGGGGCUUUGAUGGUCUAUGAUAUUACACGGCGUUCUACUUACAAUCACUUGAGUAGCUGGCUGACUGAUACCAGGAAUCUUACAAAUCCAAGCACUGUGAUAUUUUUAAUUGGAAAUAAAUGUGAUCUUGAGGCACAACGUGACGUAACUUACGAAGAGGCAAAACAAUUUGCUGAUGAAAAUGGCUUGAUGUUUGUCGAAGCCAGUGCCAAAACAGGACAUAAUGUAGAAGAAGCAUUUUUGGAGACUGCAAAGAAAAUAUUCCAAAGCAUACAGGAUGGCAGAUUGGAUCUUAAUGCAGCGGAGUCUGGUGUACAGCAUAACCCCAGCCAACCAGGGCGCACCAAUUUGCAAGGAGUGUCUAGCGAACAGCAAGGAGGAAAAGAUUCCUGCCCCUGCUAGGCCCUCGAAUUCUGUAUAUAAGUCCACUAAUUCAUUAAUAUUAAUGAUGCAUAUAUUGUUUACAUUAACUAUAGUAACCCGUCAUUCUGCUGGAUCUUAUCUUUUUUUUCCAAACGGAAUCUUGAGCUGCACAGAAGAGAAAACGCACGUGUAUUGUGAGUUUUUUUUAUUCUUUUUUGUUGCUGAAUUUCCACCAUUUUUAUUUAUUUACGUUAUUUUUUUAGAAUAAAAUUAUCGUCCGAUUCCAAUUAGCUAUUCAUUUAUUUGUUGCAUAAAAAUAAAUGAAAUAGGUGGCAAUUCGGGCUCAACAGUAGGAGCACGAUUUGCUUUGUCUUGAAUACACCUAGUUAUGCUACUUGUUGAAUAGUUUUGCAGAAAUUGAAGAACAUUGAAUUGAUAAUGUAUAACCGCGUCUAAGUGAGAAUAAAUAUUGAUAAAAUAACGACUAUUUAUACCACGUUAAACACCUGAAUAUAAAAUACAGGACUAAUAUUGCGCUCCUAAUUGGAGAAAAACUUUUUCUAUACCUUCUCAACUUUUUCUUUCAAAAGAUGUACACAUUGUAACUGUAGAUCAAUGCUCUGAAUCAAGAAGUUUAUCACUCAUAAUCAGUCAAAUAUCUGAGGAAUCUGAAUCAUGGUGCGAGCCUGUGCAAGUCUCUGCGCAGGGCAUCAAAUAAAGAUAGAUUGCUCGCAGACUACUCUUGAGAGAAAAUGAAAAUCCUACCCAAAGAGUAUUUUAAAAGGAAUUUGAAUAGAUUUAACAGCAAAUUUGAGCUUACUGUCCUACUGUUAUGAGAUAUUACUUGUUCACGUUCCACUUAUCUUUAGACUACAUUGAAAGAUGUUAUAUGAAUGUAUGAUUAUGUUUGAUUUGAAUAGAGAUUUGAUAUUAAUGCAAA